AUGGAUUCCUUCGCCAUCACAGAGGGCCUUGCCGCCCAAGAGCGAGAAGAUGACACCCCAGAAGUCUCCAGCAAGUUGUUCGAAGAGACUAACAAGUUCCAGCGCGCCAUUGCAGCCUGGCGAGGAAUUGACUUGGCCAGCACCAUUGCCAAACUCGAUACUGCCGCUUCGGACAUUGUCUCACAUCAACGGGACGCGCUCGUACAGAGAAAGGAACUGGCUCAAAAGACCAAGGACUUCAAGAAGCUGGAGGAUGAAGCAAAACUGUCUGAGUACAAGGGAUUGCUCAAGGCUUACCAAUCGUUUAUCGACCUUUUGACCAACCAAGGGAAGGCGUCAUCAUCCUCGUUCCUUCAACUUUACUCGUCCCUGUCCGAGGCACCAGACCCAUACCCACUUCUCGAAGCCUCCGUCGACUCCCUCGUUCUGUCCGAAGAAACGGUUCCCAAACUCACAUCGGAGCGAGAUCAAUUACAGCAGUCCGUCGAUCGUCUCACGAAGCAGCAGGAGGAAACUGAGAAGCGCCUCCAAGAGGAGCGUGCUGCGAGACAGAAGCUUGAAGAGAACCAAGAAUCAAGAGCGAAAGAGAUCGAAGCAUCCUGGGAUGCGGUGCUGAAAGAAAAGACGAGCAACUGGGAGGCCAAGGAGAAAAGCUUGGAGGAGAAGGUUGAGAACCAGGAACGAUUGAUCAAAGAGCUCAAGGCUAGUUACGAGGUCUCUCAGCGACUGGGUGGUGGUCAGGAUGAAGAUACAGAAGAUGCCCGUAGCGGUGCUACUGCUGCGGAACUCGAACUUGUCUCUGCCGACUUGGAGAAGACCAGCUUGAGAUUGGCCGAUAUGGAGGCGCGGAAUGAGCAGCUCCGAUUAGAGCUAGCACAGGCCGUAUCGCACUCAAACUCGGGCCAGCUUGCAUCUGUUGAGGAUGACCCUAGUUAUCAACGGCUGCAGUCGGAGAACUCUGCAUUGCUACGGAAGCUGGAUGCUGCGCGUUAUGAUAAGGAUUCUACACGACACGCCUGGGAGGCCAAGCUCCUCCAGGCGGAACGGAAUGCCUCAAAGACCGCUACCGAGAGGGACGAGCUGCGCUCGCGCCUUAAAAAGGUUGCUGACUAUGAUGAUAUUCGCCGGGAGCUGGAGAUGAUCAAAUCGAUUGAGUUUGCCACUGGUGAUGAUGAGGAUGCUGGUGAGGCAACCCCGACAACUGAACAUGAUACCACUGGCACGAAUGGUGCUGCCAGCACACAGUCUAAAGAUAAAAGCUCUUUGGAACAACUUCUGAUGGCCCGAAACAAGAAGUUGACUGACGAGCUCGCCGUUCUACGGGUAUCAACUCGCGAGCUCCAGGGGCAGCUGGAAUCUCUUCGCAGUGAGCUUUCAACCACUAAGAAAGAACUUGAUAAGUCGCGAGGUUUGUCUACUACGCUAGAGAACGAUCUUCUUCGAGUACAAGAGGAGGCUGCCAACGCAUUCCCAUCAUCGGCAAUGUCUGUUGCAGGCACUUAUACUUCGAGGUAUCCACACUCUUCACGACGAAGUGGAGCGGUAUCUCCUACUUCGUCAAUAAUCUCUGGCUUUGACCAGAGCACUGCUUCUGCCAAUACCAUGGAAGCCAUUCGCGCCGGGGAAGCAGUGGGCGGCGGUUCCGGCCUUCUGCCCAUGAUCCAGGCCCAGCGCGACCGUUUCAAGAAGAAGAAUGCUGAGCUUGAAGAGGAGCUCUCUAAGAUGUAUAGCACUGUCAAGUCUCUUCGACAGGAAGUUUCAACCCUCCAGAAGGACAACUUGAGUCUCUAUGAGAAGACCCGCUACGUCUCCACAUAUAACCGUGGCCAAGGCGCAUCUACGUCAGCUUCCUCGUUCGCAAAUGCCCCCAGCUCGGCAUCCAUCUAUGCAUCUGGGGACGCGCCGGACCGCUACCAAUCAGCAUACGAAGCUCGCAUUUCACCAUUUGCUGCAUUCCGAGGCCGUGAAUCCGCUCGUGCUUACAAGCGCAUGACCCUUCCAGAGCGGAUCGUAUUCUCUCUCACUCGCAUAAUCCUGGCGAACCGGACCAGCCGAAACCUGUUUGCGGCAUACUGCUUCGCGCUGCACAUUCUGCUUUUCGUCGUUUUGUAUAUGAUGAGUACGACUGAGAUUGAGAAGCACAGUGCCAUGAGUGCUGUUGGCAAUGCCGCUGCCGCCGCCUAUGGCAGCAGUGGUGGUAGUAGUAGUAGUAGUAGUGGUGGUGGUGGUCAGCUACACGGGGAUGACUGGCAGCAAGAGGGUUUCAAUCAGGCCAGCUAA